AUGGCCGUGGGAACCGUUCUCGUCACUGGUGGCACCGGCUACAUUGGGUCUUUCACCACCCUUGCACUGCUCGAAAAUGACUACAAUGUCGUCAUUGUCGACAACCUUUACAACUCGUCCAAGGUGGCGGUAGAUCGCAUUGAGCUGAUCUGUGGGAAGCGGCCCUUGUUCUACGAGGUCGACGUGACCAACGAAACCGCCCUCGACGAAGUGUUUGCGAAGCACCCAGAAAUCGACAGUGUCAUUCACUUUGCAGCUCUCAAGGCUGUCGGCGAAUCAGGCGAGAUUCCUCUGGAUUACUACCGAACCAAUGUCGGCGGCAGCAUCUCGUUGUUGCGCUCCAUGGAGAAGCAUAAUGUUACCAACAUCGUCUUCUCGUCGUCGGCUACCGUUUACGGCGAUGCCACCCGCAUUCCCAACAUGAUCCCGAUCCCUGAGCAUUGCCCAAUCGAAGCCACCAAUACUUAUGGCCGGACCAAGGUUAUGAUUGAGCAGGUGAUUACCGACCAAAUCCAUGCCCAGAGGCAGAAGAACCAGAAGGCGGGCAAGCCCUUUGAGCAGUGGAACGGGGCGCUCCUGCGUUACUUCAACCCCUGCGGCGCGCAUCCCAGUGGUAUAAUGGGUGAGGAUCCGCAGGGUGUUCCCUACAAUUUGCUCCCUCUGCUGGGCAAGGUCGCUACGGGGGAGAGGGAGAAGCUGUUGGUGUUCGGUGAUGACUACGCUUCAAAAGAUGGCACCGCGAUUCGCGAUUACAUCCACGUCCUCGAUCUCGCCUCUGGUCAUUUGGCUGCCCUCAACUACCUCCGCGAACACAAGCCUGGGGUUCGCGCCUGGAACCUGGGAUCUGGCCGUGGCAGCACAGUGUUCGAGAUGAUCAAAGCCUUCAGCAAGGUUGUCGGUCGGGACCUGCCGUACGAGGUCGUUGGGAGGAGACAGGGCGAUGUGCUUGACCUGACAGCCAACCCUGCCCGUGCAAACGAAGAACUGCACUGGAAGACACAGUUGACGCUGGAAGAUGCCUGCGCUGAUCUCUGGCGCUGGGUGGAGAACAACCCUAGGGGGUACAGACAAGACCCGCCGGCCGAGCUGCUAGAUGCGUUGAAGGCGAGCAAGCACAAGAACUAA